AUGCAAGAUUCGGAUUUAUUAGUAUCAUUAUUCGAAGAAAGAAAUCGAAAUGGAAGAUUAGACUACGAAUUACAGCGAAAACGUUCGAAUCAACAACGAGUGCGCUCGCAAUCACUGGCAAUUCCAACAGAAGGAGAAACCGAUGCAAAAGUAAAACGUCGUCAACAGAAAUUGUCUAAAUAUGAACCAUCUAUGUCUGAUCGAGAGAGCUGGUGGCGCGUGACAAUCAGAGACACACCAAUUCCGGGUACUUAUGAUACACAUUUGAAUACGUUUAUUAAAGAAACAAUUGCUCGUCCGAUGACUUAUGGUUUCAAAAGUGAUGGGCGACGACGUGAUCCUCAACCAUUAGAACCGAAAGGUAAAGAACUAUUGCCUGGUGCAUAUUCUGUUGAAAAUUCUCUUGAUGAAAUGUUCCGUCGUCGACUUUCAUAUGGUUUCAAAAGCCCUGCAAGAGAAGAAUCAUUGAAAAAAACUGUUUUGGCUAAUCAUGACAAGGAUAUCGAUGUUGCACCGGGCUUAUACGAAACACAGAAAUAUCAUCGGAUCGAUGUUCCCAUCGAAUCAGUGAAACAUAGUUUCUUCAAAUCGAAAAGUAAGCGAAAACUCUUUCCACCGCAAGCUGGCCCAGCUCCUGGUGAAUACGAACCUCGAACAAAGGUAGUCGAUACGAAAGGUCCAACGAUAACAUCGUCGUUUCGAAGUGGAACGGACCGAUUUCGGCAGAAGUUAUUCAGUGUACCUGGUCCAGGUUCAUACGAUCAAUUGACAGAUAUUCCUCCAUGGAAACAAAUUGAUGCAUAUUCAACUUGUGGCAUCUUCUUCAAUGCAAAUUUCACCUCCACGCCGAAAUCUAUGCCUGUCUGA